CAGUGUAACAGGCAAACAGCCCUGAGUUCUUACUUUAGCCAGUUGAAGAAUCCGCCUAUUAAGAUAGGGUGGGUGGGGUCUGGCUGUUCAACAGCAACAGAGCCAACAGCCGAGUUGACCCACUUUUACAACAUCACACAGUUGUCUUGUGUAAGUUCAUCACCAGACCUGCAAAAUAGAGAAAGAUUUAGGUACUACUUCCAGCUUGUAGCCACAAAUCUGCUUGGUGCGCAUGGAUUUUUUGGAAUAAUUCAACAUUUUGGUUGGAGGAAAGUCCGACUUGUUGCUCAGGAUGAAAAUGUCUUCACUGCAACUAUGGAUGUUUUGAAGGAUAUGUUAGAUAAGAAUGCAGUGGAGUACACAGAAGUACGGUUUAGAAGUGAGGAAACUGUGCCAAGCAUUAACGCUUUUAACUCAGAAACAAGAAUAUAUGUGUUGGCAAUGGACAUUCCUCAUGCAAGGGAUGCACUUUGUGAGGCAUACAGACGUGGAUUUCAUUAUCCCAAGUAUGUCAUCAUAACUUUUGGCGGGUAUGUCAGACAGUGGUGGGAGAUGGAUGCACCAUCCACCAACUGCACGGCUGAGGAGAGAGCCCAGGUCCUCCUCUAUAGCUUGGCUGCUGUUCCAUCUCAGUUACCUAGAGAGCAAGAUGAAUACACAGCAGAACCAAACAUAACCCUUUCAGAAUUCAACUCACUUUACCACGAAGUUGUGAGGAGGGGCAUCAAUAGCCAGAACAAUUUGGAAGAGUUCACUGACUACAUUUUCCCUUAUGCCUACCAGUGCAAUGAAGCCACCCUUGCUUAUGCUUAUGCCUUAAGCAAAACAAUAGCCGAUCUUGCUGAGAAUGAGACGCUAAACAGAGAAGCUGCAGAGGAAAGUGGUCUUCCUGAAGGAGAGACCUUCACAAUGGCCAACUUCACCUAUGCCAACUCAGCAGUUGUGUCUCGGAUGUCUGAACACCUCCAGAACACCAUGUUCCCUGGAAUAAGUGGUAACGAUGUGAGAUUCAAUCAUGAAGGAAUUCGUGACAUUGACCAAGUGAGAAUUCUGCAAUACCAAUUAAAUGAUGAUGGUAUGUGUAUUAUGACGCAUAGUAUGUGGUUAUUAUUACUGUUGUCAUAGAGAUAAUUAUACGUGUUGAAGUUGGGGAAGUUGUAAAUGUUGGAGAUUAUAGUACUUUUCAACAUACAAAUGACUCUUUUCUCUUUCCUGACGGUGUUCCUACUGACGGAGUGCCAAUUGAGGAGGUGGUGACAGUCACCAUAGGUCUUACCGUUGUCUACGUGAUUCUUGCUGCAGCUGGACUUGUCUUUACCAUCAUUUGUCUUGUUUUCACCAUCUUCUUCCGAAAUGAAAGAUUGAUUCGACUCUCCAGUCCAAACCUUAACUACAUGAUUGGACUGGGAGCUAUAGUUCUCUACAUAAAUGUCAUCAUUCUUGUCAUCCCUGCUAAAGACCCGAACUUAGCUGCUGUAAUAUGCAAUGUCAAUCCCUGGCUGAUAUCUCUAGGGUGUUCUCUUUGUUAUGGGAUUAUCAUAAUUAAGAUGAUAAGAGUUUGGGUUAUAUUUAACAGACCUCUUGAAUUCAAAGCACGACUGUUCAGGGACUAUCUGAUGACACUGUUUGUACUGUGUCUGGCCACCAUUGAUGUAGUCAUUCUUCUGCUUUAUACUGUGAUUGAAGCUACCCGAGAUAAUCUUGGAGUAAAACUGACAUCUAACAGAGAACUGCCAGAAGAAACAUUUGGAGUGACAGCUGAGCGUCACAAGUACUCUCUGUACAUUUGUGAAUCUAAAGGACAAGUGUAUCUGUAUGCAAUUCUUUUUGGAUACAAAGGCAUUCUGCAAGUCCUGGCUCUGCUCCUGGCUUUUCGUACUCGCAAUGUGAAGGUGAAGGGUCUGGAUGACUCUGUGUACAUUGCUGCCUCUGUGUACGUCACAAGUAUUGUGUUGACUGUCAUCAUUGUCUCCACCUAUACUCUGAGGGAGUAUGUGAAUGCCUUCCCAGCUGUGGUGGGAAUGGGAUUACUGCUGGGAACCACCACGAUCAUCGGACUUGUCUUCAUACCAAGGGUAAGUAAG